AUGCAGUUCAUCACCCGCUCUCUUUUCCUGCUGGCCACCCUCGGCACCAGUACCCUCGCUGUCCCCCAGGGCAGUGAGCGUCGUCAAUGGAACUGGGGUGCCGUCUCCUCCGCCUCUUCUUCCUCUUCAGCCACCACCUCUGGCUGGACUUCCACUCCGGCUAGUGGAAGUUACUCCACCUCUGGCUUUGGCGCAAGCACCGCAUCCUACAGCUCCGGUAACACAUACCAAGGCAAUGUCGGCAACCCCUGGGGCAGCAACAUGAUUGAGGUCUCGGCUGAUGAGGCUUCAUCUUUCGAGUAUGUGAUGCAAAUAUCCGGGCAGAACACUGAAGACUGGACCGUCGUCUUCUGGAACAAGUAUGGCCCUGACGGCACCAUGGACGGCUGGUACGGCUACUCGGCCCUCAGCCUCACCCUAGCCGCCGGCGAGACCAAGUAUGUUGCCUUUAUGGAAAACUCCAAUGGUGGCUUUGGUGCUGCUCAGGGCAGCAGCCUCCCCACCGAUAGCAACGGUGGCUAUGCUUGCACCUGGGGUGAGUUUGACUUUGGCUCCGAUGCCAACAACGGCUGGUCCGGCUUCGAUGUCAGCGCUAUCCAGGCCCAGGAUGCCAGCAUGACUGUCCAAGGCAUGAAGAUCUGCGAUGCUCUGGGUGGAACCUGCUCCUCCAUCACCACCGGUGCUGGUACCGUCGACAACGCCUACACCUCUGCCGAAAGCGCCGUGGGUGGCAUCGGAGGAAACCUUGCAACUGGUGCGGUUCGUUUAGCCGUGACUAUCGACUACAGCGGAUAGACAUAGAUUGCGUGAGCUUUGCUGCUUUAUAGCCUCUCUAAGAGAAAGGCUGAAGGGUCACCUGAAUAGAUGUAUAGAUUUCAGGCUGGUAUAGACGAAAAAAUGUCCUGGAUAGACAAAAUAAAAUAUAGAACCC